AGAGACAAGAAGUCUUCACCAUGAACACUCUGAACCAACAGUAUGAGGAGAAGGUUCGUCCCUGCAUUGACCUCAUCGACUCUCUGCGCUCUCUGGGCGUAGAGAGGGACUUGGCUCUACCUGCUAUCGCCGUAAUAGGAGACCAAAGUUCCGGGAAGAGCUCUGUGUUGGAGGCGCUGUCAGGGGUGGCUCUGCCAAGAGGAAGUGGCAUCGUGACAAGAUGUCCUCUCGAACUGAAGAUGAAGAGAAAAAACAAAGGAGAGGAGUGGUGCGGAAAGAUAAAAUACCGGGGCCAGGAUGAGGAAAUUAUAAACGACCCUGCAGAUGUGGAGAAAAAGAUUCGUGAAGCUCAGGAUAAAAUGGCUGGGGUUGGUGUGGGGAUCAGUGAUGACCUGAUCAGUCUGGAGAUUGCCUCUCCUGAUGUUCCAGACCUGACACUCAUUGACCUGCCCGGCAUCGCCAGGGUGGCUGUAAAGGGCCAACCAGAGAACAUUGGUGAUCAGAUAAAGAGACUAAUCCAGAAGUUCAUCACAAAACAAGAGACCAUCAGUCUGGUGGUUGUUCCAUGCAACGUGGACAUAGCAACCACAGAGGCUUUGCAGAUGGCACAGCGGGUGGAUCCUGAUGGAGAGAGGACUUUGGGUAUCUUGACCAAGCCUGAUCUGGUGGACAAAGGCACAGAAGAGACAGUGGUUGACAUUGUCCAUAAUGAGGUCAUUCACCUGAAGAAGGGCUACAUGAUUGUGAAGUGCAGGGGUCAGAAGGAGAUUAAAGAGAAAGUGUCUCUGACUGAAGCAAUGGAAAGAGAGAGAAUCUUCUUUACUGAACAUGUGCAUUUCCAGAUCCUCUAUAAUGAAGGUUAUGCCACUGUUCCUAAACUGGCGGAGAACCUCACCCUUGAGCUGGUGCAUCACAUCCAGAGAUCUCUGCCACGACUGGGAGAGCAGAUAGAAGAGAAACUAAAACAGACCCGAGAGGAGCUGGACAAAUAUGGCAGUGGACCCCCAUCUGAUGCAGUUGGGAGACUCGGUUACCUCAUUGAUAGGGUGACAGAGUUUACACAGGAUGUCAUCAACCUCACCAAAGGGGAAGAACUAAGAGCUACAGUCAGGUUCAAUAUAUUUUCCAAACUCAGGAAAGAGUUUUCAGUAUGGGAAGAGACCAUAAACGCCUCUGAACUAACAUUCAACUGGAAUAUUGAAAGAGAGGUGGCUCAGUAUGAACGAAUGUACCGUGGAAGAGAACUGCCUGGUUUCAUCAACUACAAGACCUUUGAGGACAUGGUCAAGGAGCAGAUCAAAAAGCUGGAAGAACCAGCCGUCAGGAAACUGAACGAAGUGGCAGAAAUUGUGAAGAGAGAGCUCAUUAGAUUGGCAGAGAGCAGCUUGGUUGGAUUUCCUAACCUCAUCAAGACAGCUAAGAUGAAGAUUGAAUCCAUAAGGAGGGAGAAGGAAGCUGCAGCAGAGGCCAUGCUGAGGACUCAGUUUAAGAUGGAGAUGAUCGUUUACACGCAGGACUGCAGAUACAGCAAGAAGUUAGGGAAGCGGAAGAGGGAAGAGGAACAGAAUGUUGUGUCGUUCAUAAAUGGAACAACAGCGAAGAAAAGCCCUAUGAGCAUUAGUCAGAGUGGGGCCACACUGAAAGAGAUGACGAAACACCUUAAAUCCUAUUACCAAAUUGCGGGCCAGCGUCUGGCUGACCAGAUCCCACUGGUGAUCCGCUACCAGCUGCUGCAGGAGUCAGCAGUCCAGCUGCAGAGGGAGAUGCUGCAGAUGCUUCAGGACAAGAAGAAAACCGAGUCCCUGCUUCAAGAGGACUCCAGCAUUAAAACCCAGAGAAAAAACCUCAAGAAGCGCCUCGAGCGCCUGACAAAGGCACGCAUUUUGUUGACUGAGUUCAGUAUGAACAUAUAUAACUUCAGCACAACACAACCGUAGGGCAACCCUUAAAAACAGAGGGGAGGUUGCAAAGUUGUUAUAAUUAUGAUCUAUUACAUUUCUUUAUUUCUUUUCUUUGGAAAUAUUUAUGUUUUUGACAUAUUAUAUAUACAUAUUAUAUAAUUACAUUUUCAGUCUAUUUUUAUCAUCAUGGUCAUGUUUCAUAAAUAAUUCCACACUUUCAGAAUGACAUGCCAUAUAUACAGUAUAUUGUGUGUGUUUUUUAAUGUUUUGCUAUAACAUGAAAUGCUUUGUGGUUUUAAAGGGGAGGUGGGGGGUUCCAUUAUUUCUUGUUGUGUGGUUGGUGUGAAAGCAACUUAGCUAAUAAACAUGAGCUUAUGGUGGUUGA